AUGCAGCUCCGCUCCCAUUUCGCGCUAAAACAACUCGGCGACAUCUCCUUGUUUCUUGGAAUCCAGGUUCUUCGAACUUCCACAGGUUAUUUCUUAAACCAAUCUCACUAUGCUUCCAAACUCUUAAACGAUGCAGGUUAUACGGAUUGUAAACCCGCACUAUCCCCGAGCUCCUCUCCGUCCAAACGAACAGAACCUGACCGGACUCUCUACUCGGAUCCAACUCUGUAUCGAAGACUUGCCGGUUCGUUGCAAUAUCUCUCUAUCACGAGGCCGGACAUCGCCUUCGCCACAAAUGCGGUUUGCCAGCACAUGCAACAACCAUCAAAUCAAGACUUCAAAGCUCUCACAAGACUCCUAAGAUACAUCAAAGGGACUCUAUCAUACGGGCUUCCGAUUACUACCGGAAAUCUCGACCUCCACACCUACACGGAUGCCGACUGGGCAUCCGACGCCAGCGAUCGGAAAUCGAUCUCCGGUUUUUGCACUUUCCUCGGUCCAAAUCUCAUCUCUUGGACUGUCAAAAAGCAGGUCACCGUGGCCAAAUCUUCAACCGAAGCUGAGUACCGCUCCUUAUCUGCGGCCGCCUCCGAGGUCAUCUGGCUCCGACGCCUAGCUGCUGAGCUCACAUUACCGCAAACCAAGCCCACUACCAUCCACUGCGACAACACCUCCGCUAUGGCCAUUGCAAAGAACCCCGUAUUCCACGCAAGAACCAAACAUAUAGAGAUCGAUUACCACUUCAUUCGAGAACAUAUUAGCUCCGGCGCCAUCCAACUCACUCACCUAUCCUCCAAAGAUCAAAUCGCAGACAUUCUCACCAAGUCUCUGUCACCGGCUCGGUUCAACGAUCUACGCAGCAAAUUAACCAUUCGAUCCUCGAAUGCUUAA